UCAUAGUACGUAGCUCUCAGAGAGUAGUUUUGUAGCUCGCAUCACAGGCUGACUCGCGUGUUGUGUGGAUAUAAAGAGAUAAGGGUGAUGAUGUGACUAUACAGUACUUUCUGAUAUCACACUCGACGGAGGCGUGUUCGCGUUAGUUCCCUACAAGUGGCUCUUUAUUAUUUCAACUUUAAACGAUAUCAGAUCGUUACAAGAAGUCUAGGUAACAGCUCACUUUCGUUUUGUUAGCAGAGUAAACCGAAGAUGGCACUAUACAGCAUCAAGAACAACAUCCAGCUAGCCACGCUCAAGACUCUAUCGCUGGUCUCCAUCAGCGUGAUGUCACCCCAGCAGAGCGUCCAGGAGCUAUUCCGGACUGCCGAUUGCGUCUGCUUUGACGUGGACUCGACCGUCAUCCGGGAUGAGGGCAUCGACGAGCUGGCCAACUUCUGCGGGAAGGGAGACGAGGUCAAGAGGCUGACGGCUGAAGCGAUGGGUGGAAGCAUGACCUUCCAAGAGGCGCUGAAGAAACGAUUGGACAUCAUCAGGCCCUCAGUCAGCCAGAUCAGAGAAUAUUUAGAGAAGUUCCCCAUCCACCUGACGCCUGGAGUGAAACAACUAGUGAAAGAACUCCACGACCGAGGAGUGGCGGUGUACCUGGUCUCCGGUGGAUUCAGAAGCCUCAUCGAACCGGUUGCUGACAUCCUCGGCAUCCCACGGUCCAAUGUCUACGCUAAUAGGCUCAAGUUCUUCUUCAAUGGUGAGUCUUUAAAGGAUUUUUAAACCUACUGGGAGGAC